AUAGGCUUUUUUGAGUUUGGGCAAGGACACAGGGGCCCCAUGAUCCCCUAUUGCCCGGGGGCCCCAUGAGUUGUCAGUCCGCCACUGUUCAUGAGCUUAGUAUAUGAGCUGGAACUCAAGGGCCUUGUGAGUACACACUAUUCUACAUGGAUGCUGGGACUUGUGCUGUUUAACCCCCUCAGAACUUAUGUAUAUAGUCAGUUGCUGGGUGUAAGCUAGAGGUGUUCAGAAGAGCAACUGUCCAUUAAGCUCUGCAUUUCUACAGAAGG